GACGCGAUUGGAGUUAACCGGUUUAGUAGCUUUCUCCAAUUUCCAAUUUCCAAUGCCUUUCAGUCAGUCGUAUGAGGGUAUCUGAUACAAAAUUGCCGUCCAUUGUAAGGACAUUACUUUAGAUAUGAAAAAUCGUGUAUUUUUUACGUAAAAAGUGUAUUCUUUCAAAGUGCAUAAAAAGACAGAAACAAUGAUAGUUUUAAAAGUUUUUAGUGUAUUUUUAAUAGGGUAUUGUUACGCGUCCACUCCAAAUUACGCAGCUCCUAGACUAGACAUUGAAAAUCUGCAGAACGGCUAUCACGGUCUAGUGAAGGAGAACGAGACUCUGGUCGAGGUGACUCCUCCGAUCAGGGCAGUGGACGAGCCCGUGUGCAGUUACCGCAUAGUAAACAAGCAUCAUGGCGAAGCUCCUUUCGACAUUAUCUCGUUGGAGAAUGGACUUGCUGAAUUGCGCGCCAAACGGGUGCUUAAUUGCGAAAAGAGGCGGAAUUACAAGUUCGACAUCGCCGCCGUCGGAUGCAACGGCAGGCAGAGUGAAAAUGCAACAGUACAUAUCACCGUGGCCGACGUAAACGAGUACGCGCCAACGUUUUCUGAACCAAGUUACGUAAGGCAAGUGGAUGAGAGCAAAAUUUACCGUGAAAUUGUCAGGGUGGAGGCCACUGACCGAGACUGUACUCCCAAAUUCGGAGACGUAUGCAAAUACGAAAUUUUGACGUCAGACCAGCCGUUUGUCAUCGAUGUUGACGGGGUCAUACGUAACACCGAGCCCUUGGAUUACGAGAGAUCACACAAUCAUAUCCUUAGCGUUGUAGCUUAUGACUGCGGAAUGCGUCAAAGUUUGCCGGUUAUGGUGACAAUCAAAGUAAAUCGUGUGUGUCGCCUUGGAUGGAGAGGACUUCCUGAAAGGGUGGACUACGCUCCCAUGUCCGGAAAACAGGAACUGUUCCCAUCUGCAAGCUUGGAACUUUGCGACGUACCUUGCAAUAUUAGAGAACUGCGCACCAGGGUUGAUCUUGCGACAAGGCAUAUAGGAAAAGGUUGUGACAGAGACACAUACAGUGUCCAAUCGCAACGUAAAUUGUGCGGUGCUUCGCCAUCAGCGAUUGACCUAUUACCAACUCCGGGAAUGGGUGCCGAAUGGACCAAACCACUGAUUUCCGACGAAGGGCAUGAAUCAGACCAAAUGUUCGAGUUCGAUGGCCACAGUACUGCAGUUGCAAUUCCUACAACCGUUCUCGACCACAAUUUGGCAUCGACGUUCACAAUAGCCACCUGGAUGAGACAUGCACAGCAUCCAGGUCAGGAUAAGCAUGUUAAGGAGCAUAUCUUAUGCAGCGCCGAUGACCAUAAAAUGAAUAGGCACCAUUAUGCUCUUUUUGUACGAAACUGUAGGCUGAUUUUGCUCUUACGAAGAGACUUCUCAGAGGGCGAUUUGAAUAUCUUCAGACCUGCUGAAUGGCGAUGGAAAAUACCGCAGGUAUGUGAUGAUCAGUGGCACCACUAUGCAGUAAAUGUAAGAUUUCCGGAUGUGGAACUGUAUAUAGAUGGACAACUGUUCCACACUGAAAAGAAAAAUCCAGAAGUUAUAGAUGAUUGGCCUCUACAUCCUACUAAAGGCAUUAACACUACAGUUACCGUUGGAGCUUGCUGGCAGGGCUCUGAGAAUAAAAUGAAGCACAACCUGAAAGGGUACUUAGCUGGACUUAGUAUCCUCCUGAAAGAAACUGAAAAACCAGAAGUUUUAAGUUGUCUGCAUCAGUGCAAAGAAAGCUUACAGGUACCUGCCAUGGAACUGCUCCAACCAGGUAUGGAACUACUGACCAAUUCUGACUUAACAGAAGUAACAGUUGAAGGUGAUAAUCGUACUAAUCUCGAAACUCUGGUGCGCAAGGUCGGCUACAUAAAUUCCCGAGAAUUUCCCACUCCUGGUCGUCGUAACCUUCGUCUCGUUACUUCGGUCGUUUGUGACAACGGUAAAUCUGUUAAGGUGCCAGACUCCCAGACGUAUGUCAUGGUUCUUAGACCACAGACACCCAGCAUCAUUUUAAACGGAACUGGAAAUAUGGCUCGCAAGUACGACGACUUCCGUCUUGGUGUACGUGUACUCGCUGACAUUCGUAUUACUGGCGAACAAAAGUUGGACAAGUGUUCGUUAACUAUUUAUCCCAAUCUGAAUCCGGAUCAUGAGAAUCUCAGUGUACCUGAAGAGAUGUUGAAAAAUUUAGGAAUGGCAGCAAGAAUAUCGAAAGAUGGCGUUACAAUAACCGGGUCUGACAUGGUCUACAAUUAUCAGCAAGUACUAAGACAGAUUGUGUACACCAAUCGCAAGCCAGCUUAUUACCUGAAUCGAGUAUUUAAAUUAACCUGUUCUGAAUUAAAUGGAAGGUUUAGCUCCAACGAAUAUGUUCAAACAUUGACAGUGAUUCACCCCCAGCCUAAAGAACACGUCUCUAAUGCCAUGGUGAACAAGCAUAACGUUGAAAUCAAACCAGCGUCAAUUGUAUCCCAGGAGUACAUUCCAACCGAUCACUUAAAUGUAAUGGCUGCUGGAGGUUCGCACGCUGUCACGAUCAUCGUAGUGGUCUGCGUCGGCUUUCUGUUGUUUAUGAUUGUUCUCGGUGUAGUGCGCAUCCGAGCCGCUCACCACAAGUCCACGAAUGAGGAGGCACAAGAAUCGGAGAUGACGUGGGAUGACUCGGCACUUACUAUCACUGUUAAUCCUAUGGAGAAUGCAGAGCGUAAACUUCAAGGAGAGACCGUAGAGUAUUCGGAUUCAGAACAGUCGGAUUCCGAGAGUUCUUCGGAUGACGAUAAUUUGGAUGGUCCUUGUAGGAUGCACGACACCUCUGAUGAGGAAGAAGAUGAACAGCCUACCACCCGAAGAACUGGCGGCAAGCAUGAAUACAGGAACGUGAGCCAGUUGGAGUGGGAUCACUCCACAAUGUAAUUUACAUAAUACAUACACACGUAAACACAAACACACACACAUUACCGUGCGGGAGAAUUAUUAUUGCCGAAGACUAGAGAUUCAAUUUUGAAAGUCUUUUAAAACAAUAAAAGAAACUUUUUCUAAUAAUAUUAAGACUACUUCAAUCUCGAAAAGUGACAAAUCUGAAAAGCUUUCUUGAAAACAAAAAUGCUCUCUAUAAUCGACAAAAAAUAAUUUCUCCCAUAUGAACCGGUAAUUUCCCGUUACGUAAAAGAACCUUAGCUGUUCGUUGUAACGAUGGCGCUUACCACCAUGCACAAUUUUGCUUGUUCGCCCUGUGCUGCGAACCAAUACGAAAUAUCCUACAGGUAAUUAGAUUACACAUGUAUAUGCACACUUCUAAAAAUAUCUUUCCUCGAAUAAAUUUGUGACAGUACGAAUUGAUUUAAUUAUAUAAUUAAUUAUUUAGAAGUUUGACAUUUGAAAUAAAUUGUAUGUAGUCUGCAUACCUACUGUUUUACUUUUUUAAUUGAUCUGAUUAAAAAGAAAAUAAAUCUGAAAGCAAUAGCAUUUAAUGACUCAGGAAAAGACGUAUUUGUACGCAGUUGCACGGAGGCGAGCGAUAUCAACAAA